ACAAGAGAUACCGAAUUUAAUCAGUGAAAGUGGAAAAUAUAAAAAUGUAAUAAAUGAGUCAGGUGAAAGGGAAUACAUAGUCUAAAAAAUGAGAUUGACAGGAAGUGCAAAAUGGUUAAGCAGGAAUGGCUAGAGGACAAAUGUAAGGAUGUAGAAGCAUAUAUCACUAGUGGUAAGAUAGGUGGUGCUUACAUGAAAAUUAAAGAGACCUUCGGAGGAAAGAGAGCCACCUGUAUGAAUAUCAAGAGCUCAGAUGGAAAACCAGUCCUAAGCAAAGAGGGGAAAGCAGCAAGGUGGAAGAAGUAUAUAGAGGGUUUAUACAAGGAAGAUGUACUUGAAGGCAAUAUUAUGGAAAUGGAAGAGGACGUAUAUGAAGAAGAGAAGAGAGAUAUGAUCUUGCGUGAGGAGUUUGACAAAGCAAUGAAAGACUUAUGUCGAAACAAUGCCCUGGGAGUAGACAACAUUCCAUUAGAGCAACUGAUAUCCUUGGGAGAGCCAGCCAUUACAAAAUUCUUCCAUCUGGUGAGCAAGAUGUAAGAGGCAGGUGAAAUACCCACAAACUUAAAGAAGAAUAUAGCAAUGCCAACUCCAAGGAAAGCAGGUGCUGACAGGUGUGAAAAUUACUGAACUAUCAGUUUAAUAAGUCACGGUUGCAAAAUACUAACACGAAUCCUUUACAGAAGAAUGGAAAAACUGGUACAAACUGACCUUGGGGAAGAUCAAUUUGGUUUCUGGAGAAAUGUAGAAACACACAAGGCAAUAUUGACCCUCCGAGGUAGUUAUAAGAGUCAAGGGACACACAGGGGAAGCAGUUGUUGAGAAGGGAGUGAGACAGGGUUGUAGCCUAUCGCCUAUGUUAUUCAGUCUGUAUAUGGAGCAAACAGUAAAUAAUAAAUUUGGAGUAGGAAUUAAAGUCCAGGGAGAAGAAAUAAAAACUCUGAGGUUUGCCAGUGUCAUUGUAAUUCUGACAAAGACAGCAAAUGACUUGGAAGAGCAAUUGAACAGAAAGGAUAGUGUCUUGAAAGGAGGGUAUAAGAUGAACAUCAACAAAAGCAAAACGAGAAUAAUGGAAUGUAGUCGAAUUAAGUCGGGUGAUGCUGCGGGAAUUAGAUUAGGAAAUGAGAUGCUUAAAGUAGUAAAUGAGUUUUGCUAUUUGGGGAGCAAAAUAACUGAUGAUGGUCGAAGAAGAGAGGAUGUAAAAUGUAGACUGGCAAGGGUAAGGAAAGCGUUUCAGAAGAAGAGAAAUUUGUUAACAUCGAGUAUAGAUUUAAGUGUCAGGAAGUCUGUUCUGAAAGUAUUUGUAUGGAGUGUAGCCAUGUAUGGAAGUGAAAAAUGGAUGACAAACAGUUUAGACAAGAAGAGAAUGGAAGCUUUUGAGGUGUGGUGCUACAGAAGAAUGCUGAAGAUUAGAUGGGUUGAUAAUGUAACUCAUUAGGAGGUACAGAAUAGAACUGGGGAGAUGAGAAAUUUGUGGUAAAACCUGACUAGAAGAAGGGAUCGGUUGGUAGAGCACAUUCUGAGGCAUCAAGAGAUCACCAAUUUAGUACUGGGGGCAAGUGAAUAAUUUGGAGUAUGAACUGAAGUCCAGGAGAAGAAAUAAAAACUUUGCGGUUUACCAAUGACACUGUAAUUCUGUCAAAGAUAGCAAACGACUUGGGAAAGCAGUUGAAUGGAAUGGACAGCAUCUGGAAAGGAGGAUAUAAAAAAAAAUGAAAACAAGGAUAAUGGAAUGUAAUCGAAUUAAUUCAUGUGAUGUUGAGGGAAUUAGAUUAAGAAACGAAACACUUAAUAUAGUAGACGAGUUUUGCUGUUUGGGCUUCAAAAUAACUGUAUCAACUAUGAAACGAAAAGAAAUCUGGAAGGCUAAAGGCUAAAAGUCAGCCAAUAACAAAGUGAGAUGAUGGACUGAUUAGAGAGCCUGUAUAGGGAUACAGGCUCUCUACUGAUAAACGUGCAACGCUCCAAGUGGUCUCAGAGAGAACCAAGUCGCCUUACUGUAAGUCCCCCUGAUCGAAACUCAUCUGAAUUAUUUUGUCGUUGUUAGCAAACCUAGUAACAUAAGGUAUUUACUUAAUUUUUACCUAUUUAAAAAAAUUACUUUCCACUGGUGCAGUAUUUGCUAUCAAGUGUGAACAAAAAAAAUCAACCUUUUUCCACUUGCAAGCUUACUGGCGCAGAUAUUCAAAGCUCUUCGAAUUUCCUCUAUACACGUUAGGAUCUGUUUGCGCUUUUUAUAUUCAAUAAAUCGCCACAAAUCUCGUGUGUCUGCAUGACAGUUACAAGAUGGUCUGCCAUCUGUCGUUCUAGGACAGGAAUUUUAGCAGCAAGAGACUACGUUCUGGUAAAUGACGCAUCAGACGAUCAAGUCACUAACUAGUAUUAGAGAUAACCUCCACCUUCCAUUUUGUCUUAUCAUAUCUGCGCAAGUUUUGGUCCAUAGGCUACAAUUUGUCUGUGUAGGUGUGAUGGGCGUGCGGUCUGGGCCUUAAACAGUUUCAUGUACAUACAUGGCACGUAGCUACUACCUAUGCAACGCUGGUUUGAUCGAUAACGUUCGCGAAACACUUCUGUCAAAAGCGAUAUGCUUACGAGAAGAGAGAAAUUGUUAAUACGUCCAUGGCAGCAGAGAAGAUAUAACAAUCAUCGACGCAAGGUCCAGUCCGCGCUCCCUGCCAUAGAUUCAAGUCCUCCUCCAACACGACAGCACGUGUGUUGCAAACUGAAGAAACUACAGUGGGAAGAAGAGCGCUGCGCGCGUAUCGAGGAGGAUAAUUUUAGGCUGCUACAGCGAAUGGGGCAUAUAAUGAGGACUAAUCGACUGGAUAAUCACUGGACGAAAACACCGCCUAAUUUUCUUCAUCGUGUUGGUAUAUAUUACCAACCAACAAAGAAGGAAACUUUUGGAGAGUCGAUUCCGUCUUCUGCUCCAAAUGGAAGUCGCAAGAAUGUUCGCUGUCAAGCAUGUAGCACGGAAAAAAAUUAUGAAAGAAAGAUAACUCCAGAAACGCCAUUAGCAUGGGAAGUUCGGAACACAGAUUUUGCGAAGCCUCUAAAACCGGAGCGUGCCAGAUCUGAGACAAGAAAGAAACACAGAAGAAACCAAGAAAGAAAAAUUAAUAUUCUUGAAGAAAACUCCUCACAGCUAAUGGUGACAAGAGGACCAUUACAUCUCUCUGUAAAUUUUCCACCAAAUACCACAGUAAGAUUUCAAAACAGUCAACAAAACAAAAUUUUACAGAAAGAAUUCUGUGAAUGUAAAUCAAUAAAGAAAUCAACAUAGUCGUUUUUUCGUUCAGCAGUACACAAGAUAAACUUCUCUACACAAGAAAGCUGUAACCUUUCAGUAACUGUACUCUUCAAAUAUGAAUCUUGUUUCAGCAUGUUCAGUACUAACUUCAGUUCCAACCUUAAGUGUGUACGAUAUAACUAAUUUUGUGAAGUUUCUUGAUGUUCUUUUUAAUUUCAUUAUAUGUAAUUACCAUGUGUUUUGAGAGAAUAAAAUUAAGAGGUAACUAUCAUGAAUUAUAUGUACACUAUCUAGAGAACUUUAUUUUCCCAGUAUCUGUAAAACAAAUUGAAAUUUGAUAAUGAACAACAACUCUCAUUAAUUUACAACAUACCAAUUGCACAUAGGUUAUACCUAUGGUCAAAUUAACAAUUUAGAAUGUUUCUUUUUCCAAGAUGAAUUAGUUUAAGCACUGUGUGAUAAAUUAGUGACGACAUCCUCCCGCCAACCUGUAGUCAGGAAACUGGCACAGCAACAAAUGGUAAUACUCACUUGUGUCUGAUGAUCUGCUUUCACAGCAUAACAUUUUACAGCUUCCAGAAAGCACCAUGUAAGUAAUUAAGUGUGAGUGUGUGUGUGUGUGUGUGUGUGUGUGUGUGUGUGUGUGUGUGUGUGUGUGUGUGUUUGUGUGUGUGUUUUCUAUUAUUACAGACACACAAUUUAAUUCAGUUACCAUUUGUACAAGAGGCACCAUCAUACUACAAACACACAAUUUCUGUAUUUAGAGACAAAUACAAUUUCACCAUUUUCAAGUGUACUUCAUUAACACUCCAGACAAAAUGUAAUAUGCCACAAGUAUGUCUGACAUUACAUGACAUGCCACGUAACAGUGAAGAAGUUCGUAAUAUUUAAUUAGUCAAACAAAUAACCAAAGGCAUAUAAUCUGCAGCCACAUAUGAAUGUGUGCUAAUUAUGAUUAUACGACUUCCAUACAUCUGCACUUUUAAGCAGUUCAAGUAUGCAGUG